UUUACGAAACGAAGCUGGUUGAAUCUUUCAGUACAGAGCAAGAUGAGCCCAAAAAAAGGACAUCUAAACCUAAUGAAAAAUACAGAGACAGCUGCUUAACACCACCUCCUACAUUAACCAAAUAUAAAGGGAAGGAAAAAGACCUAGAAGAUUCUGCAUCGGAAUAUUCAACUCAUGAAUCAUCAGGUAGUGGUAGCGAAUCUUCCUACCGUUCACAAAAAAAAGGAAAAAAACAAUUACGGCAAAAGUUCAUAGCAGUCGCUUAGUACCACCAAGUUCGCCUAAACAAAUUCAAAGAAGCACCCACAUAUUUCAUCAGCCGGAAGAUCUGAAUAAUAUAAAUAUAGCAGAGUUUGAUGACGACAUGAAUGAUACCGUGGUACCCGAGAUGGUACCUGACCAGGACAAAGAAACCACUGUCGACUUCCAUAAUGCACCCACAGAUGAUACAUUUUCAUUUAUAUCACACGUUUUUUCAGGUAAGCUAAUGAAGGAGUUGAUUACUCAGUAUGUAGAUACCAAAUCGAGAUUGAUAUCGAUUGAAGCCAAGCUGAACACCAUUUUGGAUCGUCUCGCGUUAGCAGUUCCGUCACGUGACUUGGAUUUAUUGCCGCAAUUUCCUCUGGAAACUGUCGAGCAGUUUAGAGAUUUCGAGAAACAACUGAAAGACAACAAAGGCUUUGAAGAGCAGUUUGUUACGUUUGUGCAACGUAUAGGUGGGGAGAAUUUGGAAAAAUGUAUAAAGAACAUCCUCCGAAAAGUUUUUUCAAAUUUUGUGGGAUCAUUCCUGAGUUGGAAGGGGCAAAAAGGCAAUAUAGCAUUGGAAAGUACAGCAAUAAUUGCUGCUAUCAAGGAUGCAGUUUUAAGAGCACAUCCGUCAAGCUUCACGGAAGCGAAGUUUAAAGAGACGACGAUGAACUUUUUCCAGUACGCGUCAGUGCGGCUUUCCCGUCAAAAACCAUAAACAAUUAAUUUAUAUGUAUACACCUAGAUGAAGAUU